UUAGUGGGAAACGUCAGCGUUCGGUGUUGCUGUUGUUGUUUUGUAGUUUGGGAACCAUAUCUUAACUUAAAUUCCACGAGAACGGUAGCCCUACAUUAAUAAUAACAAUAUUGUUUAGGUGAGCUACAUAAAGAGUCAACGAGAACGCAGUGGCACAAUCAAAAGAGCGACUUAAAGAAGUACACGAAACCCAUGCAGUCAGCUGCAGAAACGCUGGAGAAUGCCUCCAUACUGUCCGAGAGCUCGUCGCAGGAGGGACAUCGCCUGUGGAUCGGAAACAUCGACCCCAAAAUCACAGAAUACCAUCUUGUGAAGCUGCUGGAGAAAUUUGGGAAGGUGAAGCAGUUUGACUUCCUCUUCCACAAGUCUGGCCCCCUUGAAGGUCAACCCCGGGGGUACUGCUUUGUCAACUUUCAGACUAAAGAGGAGGCUGAACGGGCCAUACAGUGCCUCAAUGGGAAGCUGGCCCUAUCCAAGAAGUUGGUGGUCCGCUGGGCCCAUGCACAGGUAAAGAGGUUCGACCAGUACAGAGGUGACAAGACUCUGCCUGCUAGCCUCGAGCCCUCGUCCAGUGCAGAGGAGAUGCCCACUACCCUAAGUGUCAAUGCAAAAAUCCGUGCCAUUGAAGCAAAGCUGCAGAUGAUGGAAGAAAAUCGUGAUGAGGAAUACUCGGGCCCCUCGCCAUACGUUUACAACAAGCCGCCCGAGAAGAAGCGCCCGGCACCAUACAGCAGAUACCCUCGCAAAUACCGCCGAUGACAGUGGUCCUCGCCCACAUUACCUGGCUGUGUGGGGAAACCACUGGGUUACUAAAAAGUGCUGCAGUCAAAACUGUCCACUUUUGUCACUAGACUGUAAUGUUUGACGCGCAGGCGCGGAUGUCACGACCUAUACAGUGGUCCUGGUGUAAAUAUACCGGGUUUCAGUUGGAUGUCACUCUGCAGCUGUAACAUUUUUGGCCAAAACACAGGCAGUGCAGCAAAUAACUUUUUGCUGGUGAAAUGUUUUGCUUUUAAUUUUGGCAUGUGUAGAUUUUUUUGUAGACUCUCUCCCCCCCCCCUUACAAUUUUGUACUUUUGGCUCCAGAGUGUUAAUAUAGACAUAUGUUGAGAUUCCAAACUAUAUUUUCUGUGGCCUUUAUUUGGGGGCUUUCAGAUCAGUCACUUGAAUUGUGUGUUAUCAGUAGUGUAUAUUAUGUAUGUUUUCCCCAUUAUUAUUAAAACAUGAGAUUUCAAAGCUCAUAAGCCCAUGAUUCUUUCCAUGUUAGUUUGGUUAUGCUUAGUUUUUUCCUCUCCUACUGUUCAAAAGGGAGAUCAGUGCACUGUUUAAUCCUGUAUCUUAAGCAAAAUUUUUAGUUUUUGCAAAUGACAUUGUUUCAUAGUUACACGUGUGAAAGAACAGAUUUUUGACAUGAUAAUAUUUGACUCUCAAAUAUUUAUCUCAAGCAAAUGUUUUCUUUCGUUUUGAUUUAGGUAAUAAUGUUGAUCAGUGCAUUGGAUUUAAUGUACUUGAUGACCAUGGAGCACUGAUUAUGGAUGUGUGUACCUAUAGGUGUCUGCUGUACCAUGUUUAAUGCACUGUUGCAUUAUAUUCUGACACCUAACCUUAAUGCAGUCUUUCAGUGAACCACAGUUAGAAAGGAGAACUGUGUAAGAGAAACCAAAUUAUUAGAAUUUGUAUUUACUGUAUUUUCUUGAAUUU